AUGGCAGAAGAUACACCGGACUUUCAAUCACUCCAAGAUGAAGUUCAAGCUGCUCUUGUGUCAACCAUCAAAACUGCCGGUUACAUAUCAACGGAAGAUCUCGGUUUUCAUCGAUCAUUGAAUCCCGAGGUGGGAAGUGCUCUCGACGAACAGAAUGCGCGUUUACUUGCGCUUGCCAAUGACUUGCUCAAAUCUGCAGGUACCGUCUCAGGCCUUCGUGUACCAAUUUUAGAAGAUGCCGACGAUGUGGACAACAAUUGGCGCAGUGUCGUGGAUGUUGUGGAUUCCUUACUCGAAAAGACCGAUACUUGUCUCGAUGAAUAUACAGGUAUUAUCAAAAGGAAACUAGUCGAAGAGCCUUCUGCGACAUCAAAAUCCCAAAGAAAGUUCCUUGAUAACUCACUCCGUACACAAAACCUGGUGAAGCCUCAACUCGCAUUCGAGAUGAAACCUGACAAUGAGGAUACAUCACCAUGGCUACCUCUUCUCAAAACUAAACCACAUGCGAAGGUACCGUUAGAGGAUAGUCUUGGUAUGAUUACAAACGAUUACGACCAGAAACAGUACAGACAUCCUUACGAAACGGAAAUUUUACAAUUACAAUAUCCAAGUGCUAUGUUUGAGAAGGCAGAACCAAUAAAUUAUCUACCGGUUGAGAGUACAUCUGCGACAUUUGUUGAUACCUACGAGGGUGUCCUGGAGAUGCUAGAGGAGCUGAAAGGUGCUAAGGAAAUCGCGGUCGACUUGGAGCAUCAUGAUACUCGUUCAUAUGUUGGUCUCGUAUCUUUGAUGCAAAUCAGUACCCGCGAAAAAGAUUGGAUCGUGGAUACCCUCAAGCCAUGGAGGCAACAGCUUCAAGUACUUAAUGAAGUUUUCGCUGAUCCAUGUAUAAUCAAGGUUUUCCAUGGUGCUUACAUGGAUAUCGUAUGGCUCCAACGAGAUCUUGGGCUCUAUGUCGUUGGGUUGUUCGAUACACAUUACGCAUGUAGAAGGUUAGGAUUAGCUGGAGGAAGCUUAGCUUUCUUAUUGAAGAAGUAUAUUGAUUUUGAUGCCGACAAAAAAUACCAGUUAGCAGACUGGCGAAUCAGGCCACUUCCGGAAGAAAUGUUCUUUUAUGCUAGAGCCGACACACAUUUCCUUCUCUAUAUUUUUGACAAUUUACGGAAUGAGUUAAUUGACGCGUCUAACACUGAAACACCUGAAACAAAUCCAAUGGAGACAGUCCUGGAAAAGUCCAAAGAGACUUCGUUACUCCGAUAUGAGCGACAGGUAUACAAUGCAGAAUCUGGAAAAGGACCGGGAGGAUGGUUUUCACUAAUAUACAAAACGCCUGCUCUCUUAAGUAGCGAGCAAUUCGCAGUUUUCAAAGCUGUACACGCCUGGAGAGAUCAGAUAGCAAGAAAGGAUGAUGACAGCAUAAAUUUUGUCAUGUCGAAUUCUGUUGUUAUUAACCUAGCCAAGUUCAUGCCCAUGGACAUGAUAGCCUUACUGAGCAUCAUUCGACCUAUAUCAUACAGUGUAAAAUCACGCACUCAAGAACUGCUAGAAAUCAUCAAGGCGGCAAAGGAAAAUGGAAAAGAUGGUCCAAAGAUGAUAGAUGUCCUCAGACGAUCACCAGGUGCGGCCGGUAGCCCAGGAUCUAACACCGGAGCAAAAAUUACAUCGGAAAAGACAUCUAAACUCGACGUAACGCCCGUUGACAAAACCGAACUUACAACCGAGACAUCUUCCUUUUGGGGAGGUGCAUUUGGAAGCAGUAUCUGGGAACCUUCAACCACAACCCCCGAUCAAGAUAGCAUGAGACUUGCAAUCCCCCUACCUCAGCUCUCAGAAGAAGUUUUCGCCUCGUCAACCACACCCCUUGCCGAUCGAUCCCGUCUCGCCAUACCCGAAGCCCCAACACCGAUCCCUAGCAAAACAAAAGACGAAGCUUUCGUUCUUAAACGUGGCUCUAAAAGAAAGAGCGAGACCAUUACUGACCCGGAUGAAGAUCAGGAGGUCACCGACAAAUAUGACAUAACCCUCGACUACAGCCCAGUCGCGGAGAAAGAAAGACAACAAGGCAAAGCCGAAGUUUUAGCUGAAAGCGCAGAACGUAGAGCGGCGUAUAAAGCGGAACUUAAAGCGGAUAAAAAGUUGAGAAAACAGCAGAAAAAGGAAGAAGCGAUGAAAAUCGAAUCUGAAAAGGUAGCCAAAGAUGCAGAGGAAGAACCAGAAGAACAUGUAGAGGAAGAAGAUUUUGAUUACAGUAAGGCGGAUUCGGUACUCAAUUCUAAGAAACAAAAGAUAGAGAAAGGUGGAAAGGGUGGAAAGGCAAAGAAGGAUAAACCAUUCGAUCCGUACCAGAAGAGUAUGAAUGCGGCGAAGGGGAUGGGAAGAGUGCAGACUGGGGAGAGGGGUGGUAGGAGUGCUACUUUUAAGAAGUGA